AUGGGCCGGUUAGUUAAAAUUAUUCUUAUCAUAUCGUUCGUUAGUAAAAUUGACGCUGCAAAAAUUUUAGCUGUAUUUCCAACACCGUCGAUAAGCCAUCAAGUUGUAUUCAGACCUUUGACUCAAGAGUUGGCAAGACGAGGCCAUGAAGUUACUGUCAUUACAGCAGACCCGGCGUUUACAAAAGAAAAUGCACCAGCAAACUUGACAGAAAUAGAUUUUCAUGACAUUUCCUAUAAAACAUGGAAAGAAACAUUCAUGAAUAGUCAACUACAACUUGGUAAACGAAGCAGUAUGGUGGCACUAACAAAAACAUUGAUUGAAAUGAUGCUUACAAUGACAGAGGAGCAAAUAAAAACUAAAGAAAUGCAAGAGUUGAUCAACGAUGGAAAUAAGAAAUUUGAUUUAAUAAUCCUAGAAUCAUGUGCAAGGCCAUAUAAUAUAUUUUCACAUAUAUUCAAAGCACCAGUUAUUGAAGUAAGUUCGUUCGGAAUGUUUUAUGGCAGCGAGAAAAUCGUUGGUGCCCCAUCUCAUCCCUUCUUAUACCCGACGGAGUCUAACCAAAAACUGUUUAACUUAACGUUUUGGGAAAAAGUCUAUGAAUUAUAUACACAUGUUAGAAUAAAUAGUUUAUGGUCUGCUGCUUUAAAUGAAGAAAUGUCAUUAAUUCGUAAACUGUUAGGUAAAGAUAUACCUAGUCAUGAAGAAUUGAACAAAAAUACUGAAUUUAUGUUUUUGAACAUACACCCUGUUUGGAGUCAUAACCAACCUUUGCCACCAAAUGUUAUUUCUAUAUGGGGAAUGCAUAAGACACCAGAAAAGCCGCUUCCUAAGGAGUUAGAAAAUUAUUUAAAUUCAUCAAAAAAUGGCGUGGUAUACGUAAGUUUUGGGUCUAACGUUCGAUCAUCUCUGCUUCCACCUAGAACAGUUGAAACGUUAAUGGGAGUAUUUUCUAAAUUACCUUAUGAUGUGCUUUUAAAAUGGGAUCACAUAAAUGUUCCAGGAUUGAGUAGUAAUGUUAAAGUAUCUACAUGGUUACCACAAUCAGAUCUCUUAAAACAUUCUAAGAUAAAACUAUUUAUCACACAAGGAGGUCUUCAGUCAACAGAUGAAGCUAUUAAUGCUGGAGUACCUCUAGUUGGUAUUCCGAUGUUCGGAGAUCAAUGGUACAAUGUAGAACUAUACGAAUAUCAUAAAAUAGGACUUAAAGUUGAUAUGGAAAACUUAACUGAAGAUAAUCUACUUAAAGCAAUCAAAACUGUUAUAGAUGAUAAAAGCUACAGGAAGAAUAUAAUAAGACUUCGUAACAUAAUGAGAGACCAGCCCGAGAGCGCGCUGGAUCGCGCGGUGUGGUGGACGGAGUACGUGCUGCGGCACGGAGGGGCGAAGCACCUGCGGGCCGCUGCCGCCAACAUGCCCUGGACUCAGUACUAUGAGAUUGAAUUUAUACUCAUAUUGGGAUCCAUAAUACUGAUAUUUGCAGCCGCGUUCCUAAGGCCGUAUUAUGACCUACACCAGAGGCGUGUAAAAGGAACCUCCGGCCCACCCAUGUGGAUAAAUGUAUCCACAUGGGUGAUAUCAUGA